CAAAGUAAGCAAAUUUACAGCUUUUGCUCGCCUGGUUCGAGGAGCAGGUCAUAAAGGCAGUUAUAAAUAGGACGCUCAGCCGGUAAAACAAAAUGAACACCGACAUCCGAGGGGCCCGCGUUCCGUCACCGCUCCAUGAUAUUAGUGAGAAGGAUGUUGCAGCAAGCGCUUAGAGUGUCCGGCCGGAGCUCAUUCCCUCUGGUUAAAUGGAUGGAGAGGUGGACUGAGGCAGCAGCCGGCUCGGAGGGGACCAAGAUGCAGGGAGUGAAGACACUGGAGGAGAUGCCCGGGCCGUCGGUCGCCAGCUUCGUCUGGGACUUGUUUGCCAAACGCGGUCUGUCACGUCUGCAUGAGUUACAGCUGGAGGGAGUCCGGCGGUAUGGACCCGUGUGGAAGGCAAGCUUUGGUCCCAUCCUGACAGUUCAUGUGGCUGAUCCAUCGCUCAUUGAGCAGAUCCUGAGGCAGGAAGGCGAGCACCCAAUGCGCUCCGAUCUUUCCUCCUGGAAGGACUACAGGAAGCUGAGAGGUCAUCACUACGGACUUUUGACUGCUGAGGGGGAGGAGUGGCAGACAGUGAGGAGUCUCCUGGGGAAACACAUGCUGCGGCCGAAGGCAGUGGAAGCUUAUGAUAAAACCCUGAACAGUGUCGUCAGUGAUCUCAUUGCCAAACUUCGCCUCAGCAGACAUCCUCAGGGCCUCGUCACCGACAUCGCCAGCGAGUUCUAUCGCUUCGGCCUCGAGGGAAUUUCUUCGGUCUUGUUCGAAUCCAGAAUUGGUUGCCUGGAUCAGGUUGUUCCCGAAGACACGGAGCGUUUCAUCCAGUCUAUCAACACCAUGUUUGUGAUGACGCUUCUUACCAUGGCCAUGCCCAGCUGGUUGCACCAGUUGUUCCCCAAACCCUGGACUAUCUUUUGCCAGUGCUGGGACUACAUGUUUGAGUUUGCAAAAGAUCACAUUGACCAGCGUCUGACGGCUGAAGCAGAUAAGGUUGCCCGAGGAGAGAAAGUAGAGGGCCAUUAUCUCACCUACUUCCUGUCGCAGACGGGGCUGCCCAUGAAGACGGUCUACAGCAACGUCACGGAGCUACUCCUUGCAGGAGUUGACACAAUCUCCAGCACCAUGUCCUGGUCUUUGUACGAGCUGUCCCGUCAUCCAGAUGUACAGGCCACUCUCAGGGCGGAGGUGUUGACUGUACUUGAAGGUCGAAAGAUACCAGAGGCUGCGGAUGUAGCUCGCAUGCCUUUCCUUAAGGCUAUAGUCAAAGAAGUGCUCAGGUUAUACCCUGUUAUUCCUGCUAAUGCAAGGGUCAUUCCAGAAAGAGACAUCCAGGUUGGAGGCUACCUCGUCCCAAAAAAUACUCUGAUUACCCUGUGCCACUUUGCAACAUCGCGGGAUCCAGUAGUGUUUGCAAACCCAAAUCAUUUUAAUCCCUAUCGAUGGCUGAACAAAGACCAGACUCAUCACCCAUAUGCCUCUGUGCCCUUCGGUGUGGGAAAACGCAGCUGCAUAGGGCGCCGUAUCGCUGAGCUGGAGCUGUACCUUGCUCUUGCCAGGAUCAUUUCAGAGUUCGAUGUGAAGCCGAACCCAGAGGGAGCUUCUGUGAAGCCCAUGACACGGACACUUCUAGUUCCUGAAAAUGUCAUCAGCCUGCAGUUUAUUGAACGGUGACCUACUCUCCUGGAGCUGAUCAGUUACAUGCCUGUGAAUGGCAACAAGCAGGACAGAACAAGCAGGCGCCGUUAUCGCAGCGCUUCAUAUCAGAGCGGGCCUUCAACCUUCAUCCCAGCUAAGACCAAAGCCCUUCUCACCUGCAGCCUAGCGAGUGCAGGCGGACAUGUGGAGAAGGACAGAUGGAUGAAGGGUGAGGGCUGAUGGAUUAUUACUGAGGAUUUAUCAACUGGGAGAAGGGUAACGUCCAGUUUUAUCAAAAGGUGCUCAUUUGUGCAAAGGCCAGACCCGAAGAAGGGCUCUUCCUUUGAACUUUAAACAGAAAAUCUUCAGAUUUUUAUUUUAUUUUAUGUUUUCGUUCAACAUUUUGAUUUUGUUGUGCUUUCCCGUGCGCACUGUAGCUUUUCUCCCUAUCUGCACGGGAGAAUGUGAAUGUCUGAAUCAGUCAUCUAUAUUAUAAAAGGUUUAUAAUGUAAGGUCUACUAUUUUAAAGUCCCUGUUAAUGUCCAAAUGAGCCAUAUGUCAGCAGAGAAGAGCAGGAGAAUUCCCUGCAGUGGAAGUGGAUGUCAUGUAUCCUGCUUGCUCUGCUUGUGCGGCACAUAAACCAAACUGAGUAUUUCAGUAGUAGGAUUGUGUCUGUUCCGUCUGCUGUGCGGCACAAUUCAGGCAAACUUUGGGCAAAAUCUGGGCCGGUGUGGAAAACAGAUUUAGAAAGGAGGAGUAAAGAGACAGCUGAAAGAUACACAGUAAGGGAAUGAAAUCUGACGUUUCCGCCUCGUGUGUGUGCCCUCGCUACUCGUCCUUCAUUUUAUCCUGUUAGUCAGUGCCACAUUUCUUGGAAUUUGACAAAAAUUAGUUUUCCUGAAUUUGGUAACCGUCUCUUAAAUCUGAUUAUGAACUGUGAUCGUGCACGCUUGUAGAUACGUGGUAUCUGCAGUUUCCUGCGUGUCCUGAUUGUGCAAAUAUUUCAAGAGAGUUUCUAUGUACGUCCAGAACAUCAUGAGCCACAGAGAAUUUGGAGCUCAGAGUUCAGUCUAAAAAAAUCUACACAGGUGUGCGUAAACAUGAUUGUCAGGAUAUUGAUUGAAAUGUGUUUUAAAAGGUGCUUUUAUGGUGCAAAAACCUCUAGUGUUGAGUUCCUUAAAAAAA